AUGACAAUGGUCGACCACCUCUUAUUUUAUGUCAAUGGAAAAGAAAUUCUUGAGCGUAGUAUAGAGCCUGAGUGGACUCUUCUUUGGUAUUUAAGAAAUAAAUUAAGACUGACUGGUUCAAAAUUAGGUUGUGGUGAAGGUGGUUGUGGAGCUUGUACAGUUCUAAUAUCACGAUGUAUUGAUCAAGAUUCUUGUGAAAUUGAACAUCGAACAAUAAAUGCAUGUCUAGCACCUGUAUGUUCUGUUGAUGGAUGUCAUGUAGUCACUGUGGAAGGAUUAAGCUCACUCAGCAAAUCAAACCAUCAUUCUACUCAAAUUCGUCUUGCAGAAUUAUUUGCAUCACAAUGUGGUUUUUGCACACCAGGUAUAGUCAUGUCUUUAUAUGGAACAGUGACAUCAAAAGAUAAUUCAUUACCAACAAUGGAAGAUAUUGAAGAAUCGUUUGAUGGAAAUCUUUGCCGAUGUACUGGAUAUCGUCCGAUUCUUGAUGCUGCAAAAACAUUUGCAUGUGAUAUUAACAAACUCGAUCAUCAAAAAUCUUCAUCAUCAAGAACAUCAACGACUUUCGAUAAAUGUUUUUCAUAUGCUCGUCAAAACACAUUACCAAUGGAUCAAGUUCAAUUUCCAGACAAACUUCGAAAUUAUAUUCCUCAAUCAAUUCAUAUUAAAGGCUCUUCAUAUGAAUGGUAUCGUCCAAUAUCAUUGAAUGAACUUAUUCAUCUUCGUCACAUUUAUCCAGGUAAUCAAUCAAAACUUAUUUUUGGUAAUACAAGAGUAGAAUUUGAAAGAAAAUAUAGUAAAAUGAAUUAUUCUCGUUUGAUAUCAAUAACACAUAUUAAAGAAUUACAAGAACUGAAACAAACUAAAAAUUCAUUAUAUAUUGGAGCUGGUGUUACAUUUGCUCGUUUAAAAUCCAAAUUAAUUGAAUGGAAUAAUAAUGAUAAUAGUUUUUGUGAAGCUUUACUCGAUCAAAUGAAACAUUUUGCAUCAACACAAAUACGAAACGUUGCUUCAAUUGGUGGAAAUAUAAUUUCUGCUUCACCUCUUUCAGAUAUCAAUCCAGUCUUAGAAGCUGCAGGUGCUAUACUUGAAUUGCAUUGUUCUGAUAAUGAAAAAGUACGUCAUAUUCAAUUAUGCGACUUUUUUCUUGGUAAUCGUCGUAUUUCAAUGGCCGAUAAUGAAAUUCUUGUUGCCAUUCAUAUUCCUUGUGAAAAUUCAUCAAAUAAAUAUUUUCUUCGUUCAUAUAAGCAAGCUCGUCGUCGAGAUAAUUCGAAAGGAAUUGUUAGUGCUGCAUUUAAAGUUGAACUUGAAAAAAUGAAUUUUGGUGAUAAAAAUCAAUGGAAAAUUAAUUCAGCUUGUUUAUCAUUUGGUGGAAUGGGGUCAAAAACUAUUUUAGCAAUAAAUACUCAACAAAAUUUAAUUGGAUCACUAUGGACAAAACAAACAAUUAAUCAAGCAUAUGAAUUACUUAUUAAAGAAAUGCCACUCGAUGAAUUAAGUCCAGGUGGUCAACAUCAAUAUAGACAAACAUUAAUUCAAUCAUUUCUGUUUAAAUUUUAUUCGUAUGUAUGUAACAAAUUACGUCAACCAAUAAGUGAUUCAAUGAAUUUUGAUUAUCAUCGAAGAAUAUCUUAUGGUCAACAGACAAUACCUGAACGACCUCAAACACAAAAGAUUGUUGGUAGUUCAUUAUCACAUCGAUCUGCUUACUUACAUACAACAGGAGAGGCUAUAUAUGUAGAUGAUAUGCCAUCUUAUAUUAAUACACUUUAUGCUUCAUUUGUACUUAGUACAAAAGCGAAUGCACGAAUAAAACAUAUUGACAUUGAAGAGGCUUCAAAAGUUGCAGGUUUUGUAUCAUUUGUUAACUAUAUUGAUGUACCAGGCUCAAAUAAAUUGACUGGUUUGUUAACUGAUGAAGAAGUAUUUGUAUCAUCAGUUGCACUUUGUAUUGGUGCUAUUAUUGGUCUUGUUGUUUGUGAAUCCGAACAUGGAGCUAAAUUAGCUUCAAGUCUUGUUAAAAUUGAUUAUGAUUUAUUGUUACCAAGAAUAUUUUCUAUCGACGAUGCUAUUAUUCAUCAAUCUUAUUUUGACGAUGAACUUUGUCUUCGUAAAGGUGAUGUUCAAAAAGUUUUUCUGGAUGCUGAACAUAUUUUAGAAGAUACAUUAUACAUUGGUGGCCAAGAACAUUUUUAUAUGGAAACAAAUUCUUGUAUGGUUAUACCGUCAAAUGAUGAUAAAGAAAUAGAUUUAUAUGUGGGAACACAAAAUCCAAGUCUUACUCAAGAAUUAACAGCAUUGGUACUUGGUCGAGAUGUGAGUCAUGUAACUUGUCAUAUCAAAAGAAUUGGUGGAGCAUUUGGUGGAAAAGAAACGAGAUCUAUACCUCCGUGCCUUGCUGCAGCAGUAGCUGCUGUUAAACUUGCUCGUCCUGUUCGUCUUAAUCUUGAACGUUGUGUCGAUAUGGCAAUCACCGGACAGCGACAUCCAUUUAAAAUUAAAUAUAAAAUAGCAUUUAACAGCGAAGGUCAUUUUUUAGGACUUGAUAUUCAAAUGUGGAGUAAUGCUGGUUGUACAUUGGAUAUAUCAAACACCGUUAUGGAAGCCGCUAUGCUUCAUAUGGGAAAUACAUAUCAAUUUUCUAAUAUUAAAAUUCAUGGUCGUAUUUGUAAAACACAUUUACCCUCAAAUACUGCUUUCCGUGGGUUUGGUGGACCGCAAGCUAUGCUAGCAUGUGAAUCAAUUGUAGAACAUGUUGCUGCAUAUCUGAAAUGUGAUCCAUUGGCUAUUCGUUAUCUUAAUUUAUUCAAAGAAGGUGAUACAACUCAUUAUGGACAAAUUUUAGACCAAUGGAAUGUACCACGAAUUUUGAAUGAACUUACUAAAUCAAGUGAUUUUAUUCAAAGACAACUCGAUGUUGGAGAAUUUAAUCGGAAAAAUAUAUAUCGAAAACGUGGUAUAACUAUGAUACCAGCUAUGUUUGGAAUUGGUUUCACAGUUGGAUGUUUGAAUCAAGCAGGAGCUCUUGUACAUGUAUACAAAGACGGUUCCGUAGUAAUUAGUCAUGGCGGCGUCGAGUUUGGUCAAGGAUUACAUACAAAAAUUAUAGCCAUAGCUGCUGAAAUAUUAGUUUGUAGUAUUGAUCAAAUACGAAUUCGAGAAACAGCAACAGAUAAAACCCAUAAUGUGAGUCCAACUUCUGCAUCAGUUUCAACCGAUCUUAAUGGAAUGGCUGUAAAAGAUGCUUGUCAACAAAUUCGUCAACGUUUAGAUACACUCAUUACUGAUAAUAGUGUUAACAUAUCAUGGGCAGAUCUUGUAAAAAAAGCUUAUUUUGCUCGUCUUGAUUUAUGUGCACGCGGAUUCUAUCUGACACCGAAUAUGUUCGAUAUUGAUUUCAAGAAAAAUCGAGCUCAUCGUAAUUAUUUUACACAAGGUGCAGCAGUGACGGAAGUCGAAUUAGACGUAUUAACAGGAGAUUGGCAACUUUUACGUGUUGAUAUUCUCAUGGAUGUUGGUAUAUCACUCAAUCCUCAAAUUGAUAUUGGUCAAAUUGAAGGAGGUUUUAUGCAAGGAAUUGGGUUGUUUACUAUGGAAGAACUCAUCUGGGGUGAUGAGAAACUCAAUAAAUGGAUUCCGCCAGGAGAAUUAUUCACUCAUGGUGUUGAUACUUAUAAAAUUCCAUCAUUUAGUGAUGUUCCAAUAGACUUUCGUGUUUCAUUACUAUCUGAUUCAUUAAAUCCACGAGCUAUUUAUUCGUCAAAAGGUAUCGGUGAACCACCCGUUUUACUUGCUGCAUCGGCUUUUUUUGCUUUAAAACAAGCAUGUCAAGCCUAUCGAGAAGCGCAAGGUUUAUCAGACUAUUUUACACUUCAUUCGCCAGCAACUGUCGCACGACUUCGAAUGGCUUGUGUUGAUGAAUUUACUCGUCGUGCUUGUGCUGAUGAGCAUGAAACAUUUCAGCCAAGAGGCUCAUAUUAA